AUCAGCGGUUGCUUAGCAACAUACGUCAACAAUUCUAUUAACACCAGCUACAGAAGACUCACGAAUAAUAGACCUUUCGGUUCAUAAAAUGGAGGAGACAGGACCAGUAAGUGAGGACAUGUUUGAGUCAUUGGAGGAGUUCCACAUGGUCCUCAGUGAGCUGGUUGGGGACAAGAGUAUGGACAAAGUCCGGGUGGAGUACGAGAAGCUGAUCCGUGCACUGAAGAAGUCCAGAGAGAAUGAGAAGAGACUUAUGUCCAAAUGCAGGGAGCUGAAUGCAGAGGUUGUGUCCACCUCCACUAAAGUCGCAGCUGCCCUGAAACUGUCCCAGGAAGAUGAGACAACUAUCACUUCACUAAAGAGGGAGCUGGACAAAGCUUGGAAAAUGGUUGAUGCUGCUCAUCAGAAAGAGAAGAGGGACCAAGAGAGCAUCAGGAAUUUAAAAGAAGAAGUUGCCAACCUAAUGAAAAUGGCUGAACAGCAAACUGGCUUCUCUAUGGACCAAGUGCAGAAUGAUCUACUAAAAACAAAUGAAGAAUUGACUAAGGAGAGGGAUCUCCUGCUGGCAACUGUGGAGGGUCUGAGAGAAAAACUCAGCAAGGCCACCGCAACCCAGCAGGAUAUAGAGGCCCAACGAGACAGAGCCUCAGAGAAUAUUUCUCAGCUCCAGCAGGAGCUCCAGGUACAACAGAAUGAGAUUUCACGGGAGAUGAGGUUGAAGGAGAAGCUGGAUAAGGAGGUGAAGCAGCUGCAUGCUGACAUGGAAGCCAAGAUGGGGGAAAUAAAGGCUCUGAAUCUGCAGGGCCAAAGAGCCAAAGAGGAGCAGCAGAGGCUGGAGCAGCAGGUGAAAGAGCUAAAGAUCUUGAAUGAGCGAUCCACUAAGGAGCUGGAGCAGAUGCAAGGGAAGAACAAUAAGCUGCUACAGGAGUGUGAGCAGCUCUCAUCAGUCAAAGAACAUCUCUCUUUGGAAAAUCAGCAGAACACAAAUGAGCUUAAGAUGAGAGAAGAGGAGGUGAAUCAGAUGCGACAGGAGAUCGUCAAACAAACAAAGAUGAGAGAAGCCAUCCAGAAGAAGUUCCACCAGAUAGAGGAUCAGAAAGCUGAUGUGGACGUGCAGAGGGAGACACUGAAAGCUCAGAUUGCCGGUCUGGAGAAAGAUCUUGAAUCUUCCCAAAAGCAGGUUGAAACCGACAGGAAAGCCAUCGAAGAGCUUAUCCGAGAGAGAGACAUCCUAAAUAAGAACAUGAUCAAAGCAUCACUGUCAACUGAGAAACAGCAGAACCUUGUGAAGCUCCUCGAGCAGGACAAGAAGACCUUGGAACACGAGAUCAGUGGCUACCGCCAGGAGGCCCAGAAGCAGCGCAAGAUCAUCCAACAGCUGGAGAAAGAACGUGACCGCUACAUAAACGAGACCAGCAGUCUCAUGCAGAAGGUGCAACAAAAAAUGAGUGACGUUGAAGUAAGAGAGAGGGAGAUAUUUGAUUGGAAGAAGAAGGUGACUGAGGCAGAGUGCAAGCUCAAACAGCAAGAGAACCUGCUGGAGUGUGUUGUGUCUGAGAGAAACCUCUACAGCAAAAACCUCAUCGAGGCUCAGGAAGAGAUUGCAGAGAUGAAGAGGAAGAUGAAAACCAUGAACAACCAGGUCACCCGACUGAGAGAUGAGAUCACUGGGAAGGAGCUUGCCCUCGCCAAAGAUCAGCAGGAACACAAACGUUUAGAGAAGGAUAAUGAGGCUCUCAAGGGGGAGCUGCAGUCGAUUAAACUCCAGCUUGAGGAUACAAAGCAGCAUGUUGACAGUCAGAAAACAGAACAGCAAAAACUGCAGAAGAUUAUAUCUGACGCUGAUGCUGAGCAGAUCCAACAGAAGAAACAGCUGGAACAGGUGAUCAGAGAGCGAGACAACCUGGGCAAACAGCUGCUACUCCGCAACGAUGAGCGAGCACUGCUGUAUGAGAAGAUCAGGAUCCAGCAAUCAAUCCUGAGCAAGGGGGACUUCCACUUCAACCAGAGGAUGGAUGACAUCCGCCUGCUCAAGCUGGAGAUCAAGAGGCUGCAGCGCAAGAAGAGCAUCCUGGACAAGACCGUACCCAACACAGAGGACCUGAGGCGAGAGCUGUUCCAACUGCAGAGGGAGCUGCUUCGAGAGAGGACGAGGAACAGCGUUCUGGAGGAACAGCUGAAGCCCAUAAAUAUUCACCGAUGGAGGCGACUGGAGGGCAGUGACCCCGACAAAUAUGAACUCAUCCUGAAGGUUCAGUCCUUACAAAAACGCCUGAUCGCUAAGACGCAAGAGCUUGAGGAACAUGAACUCCUAUUACAGGAAAAGGAGAAGCUGUAUGUUGAGCUGAAGCACAUUCUGGCCCGGCAGCCAGGUCCAGAGGCAGCUGAGCAACUCCAGCAGUGCCAGUGGACCAUCAGAGAGAAAACCAAAAAGCUCAAGGCAUUGAUAGCAGAGCUGAGAAUGCUCGACUCAAAGAUGAAUGAAUAUAAAAGUGAGAAUCAAAGAUUAGCUAAUGAACUAGCAAACGUUAAGAAGAAGUACCUCAGUGAGAAGAAGCUUCACAGUGAGCAGAGAACCAAGACCAAGGUGGAGCAGCUGGAGUCCCUGCCCCAGCUGAGCAGCAAACCUCACUUCACUGGAGGAGGCUUCAGGAUUGACAACCCAUUGAAAAGAUGAUGGCUAUAAUAAGUGGAUAUUAUAUAAACCAUCCAUCCUCUUUUACAUGAUUUGAGAUGAACAAUAUUUAUUCCCACAUAACCUGACAUUAUCAGCAAAUAAAUGUUUUUACCACUAAUUAUCAUGACCUAUCUGAGAAAAGACUUUAACUGUGAUGAUGCAAGAUAGCAGACAUUCCGGAAGGAAACAAUGCUCAGCUGUCAGUCUGUACUUAAUCAUGUUCUAGGAUAUAUUUUUGAUCUAUGUAAAGCAACACAUCAACUUUGCGUCUGAUGUUUUGUUCCACUAUGUUGAGCAAUCGGUUAUUUAUACCUUUCUCUCAUCCUAAGGAGACUAUAAUAACAUCACAAUCAAUAAUUGGUAAAGCAAAGAAGGAAAAUAUAAAACAUGUCUUUUGUGUAGUUAUCUGCUUUUAAAGGGGAACUAGGCCCAUUUUCAAAAUUCAUACAUGUAAUUCUUGUAGUCUAAGACAUUCAAAACUCGUAAACAUCACCAACUCUUUCUUAAAAUGAAGAAUCAACCAACAUGCUUUUUCUUAUUUUGCACAAUAUUAUAUUCUUUGAAAAGUACUCUAUUUCAUGUCUUCACCUGCUGAUGGGCCAUCAUCAUAAGAGUAUGCAUCCAUAAUAUGUUGUUAAUUCCAUUACAGAAGAGACUUUAAUGAUCACUUAAGUUAGGUGUAAGUGGAUACAUUGAUAUCGGUAUAGUUAUUGGCCAAAUAAGUUGCUCUAUAUCAGCAUAUCGGACAUCAGCAAAAAAUCCAGUAUUGUGCAUCCCUAAAUUUAGCACUAAAAUUAUCAAAAUGUCACCACAAAUAUAAGGAGAAAUAUAUAUAAGCUUAGUUUUAGCUAUUUCCAUACAAACCAUGUUGAUACAAGUUAUUUAACAUUUACUGUACUCAUAGCUCACAGUCUGCUCUUAGAAAUCCAAUGGCUUGUCUGCGGGCCCUAGUGAGGUUUUAUUUGAUGAUUAUGAUGUGUAAAACAAUGGCUGUAUUUGCCGUUGUUUAUGUAGUUACACAUACAACCCAUUGAAAGAUACACUCCUCAUGGUUUGAUUAAUGCUGACCAUUUCAAGAUACAUCAACCACAGCAGUUUUAAUAAACACUUCUGUCAGACAAAAAGGAAACAAAGAAACAGUUACUAACUCACCUAUAAGCGUUAUUUUAAUCCACAGCUCGAUAACAUACCAACAGAAACCUGAAGAGUUCUGAUACAGUCCCUAAGGCCCAGAUGAUCUAAAUCCAGUGAAAUAUUUACAUUACAUCCAUAGAUAUCCAUGAGCUGCCAUUGCAUCAUUUCAAACAUUUAUAUUUCUCCAUAUAUCAUCAAUGAUUUCUUCCGUUUGCCUGUAAAUAUGCCUACUGCUCUCUGUCAAAGUGGAGAUGAACUCCUGACCUUUUCAGUGACAACUCACAUGAGCCAAUAGAAGCUUCCAAUGCUGUUGCUAUGUCCUUGAUAGCCAGUAGUGUAGUGUAUAAACAGUACACAGGUCUAAGCAUGUAAGUUAUUAUUCUUAAUAGUGGUAAUGGUAAAUUAAAUGGACUGCAUUUAUACAACGCUUUCCUGGUCUCGAAGCACCAUUCACCCAUUCACACACACAUUCCUACACUUGUGACCAAGGCUACCAUACAGUACAAGGUCCCAACUGCUCAUCAGAUAAACAUUCAAAUUCACUCAGUUUGAGGUUCAGUAUUUUGCCCAAAUACACUUCAACAAGCAGACUGAUUUCCUGAGCUCCAACUGCCCAGUGAUAUACUCCACAAAAGCUUAGCCUAAAGAAAACACAAACUGUGAUAAUGAGGCCACCUUGUGGCUGCAGUCCAUCAGUACCAAGGGACUGAACAUUACCUAGUCUGUAGUGGCCAAUUCAAGUAAGAUUUAUAGAGCACAUUUUAAAAUAACAAGCAUUCACCAAAGUGCUUUAGAAAGAGAUAAAAACACCAGAAUGAUCAAAUAAAAGUAGUCAUAAAUAGGAGAAUGUCAGUUAAAUUAAUAAGAGCAUGUUAGUCGCUCAUUGACAAAGAGUUUCAGCUGCUGUAACUUAUACACUUUAAAGGACAAGAAGAUAUAUCCAUAAUCCUGGCCGGUAGAGUAAAGUUAACAGCUCUUCUUCUUCUCUUGUUCUGGCAGACGAGAUGCAGCAGUAGCAUCUAGCUUGUUGCUGCCCUCCUUGGUUUAGUUGUCGUCACUCACACUUUAAGGGCCCUAUUUAGAUGGUCUAAAGCGGACGGCGGAGGGCGCAUAAUCCAUGUCGCAAGUGUCAUUGCUAUUUAGAUGCAGGCGCAGUUGUCAUUUUCACGCCCUGCGCCCCCGUCAUCUAACUAGCAAAUGAACUUGCGCUUCUCUGGGUGUGUUGGUCUAAAAAUGAGGAGUGGCCAGGCGCAGUCAUGACGCGUUGCUAGUUAGAUGAUGUAAAAAGCAAAUGCGCCAGUGACCAGCAAAAACCUGGUCUAAAGUGAAGGCGCAGUAUUUCGCUGUUAAACAAGUUAGCAAUAUGCGUCUCUAGGCGGGUGCACAACGCGCGUGCACUCUGCUCAGACACACAUGGAGGAGCCACACAUAUGCAAAAGAUAUCAAAUAAAAAUAUGUUUACAAUGUGAAAGGUUAUUAUUGUGCACAUUAAAAUAUUUAUCAGAAACACGUCUUAAUGGUCAGUCAUUAAUCAGAAUGAUCUCAUCGCAGUAAUAAUGAUCAUCAUAAUUUGUAAUAAUGACAAAUUCAAUUGUGAAAUUAUCUGACCAAUCAAUCAUUUUUUGAUUGAAAACCAAAGCCCACACAUUGCAUUUAUUUUAACAUGUUAUACUAGGCUACAUUAUAUUAUAUUAACAUCUGAGUGUAGAGAGAACAAAUAAGAGGCAGAACACAGCUCUAGGAAACAUGUGAAAACAAUUACCAAACAUGGGUGGGGGAGAAAACGCUGAACAGGUCCUAGUUGCAGGAUCAGCACCUUGGGAAGCUCCGCGGCAGUCCUGACAGCUGUGCUCUGUUAUAUGAUGAAAACAGGUUUAAAUAAUAUAUAUUUAGUAAGAUCUUUCUUGUAUUAGUGAUCCCACGCCUGCUUUACCUCGGGGAGCUUGGGUGCCUGUCUGCUGUCCCCGUAGAUCUGGUUCUGACGAGCCUUCACCUCCCGCACGAGGAGAUCCGUCUCCUCAGCUGUAAAACGCUCACUCUUUCCAGUUGGUAGGUCCGCCAUCUAAUAGCUCUCCGCCGUGCGCUCCAAUCGCACCUCUUUUAAAGGGAACGAGAGGUGACACUCUGAUUGGCUUAUUGAAUGAUACGCCCAAAACACACCCAUGAAUAAUUCACAGAGUAAGUCCAACCCUUUCAGACUCUCCACCAUGGCGCACAGUCUGAAAACGCGUUGUCUAACUAGCAAGUGACUGGGACACGCCCAUGCGCCGCACUCCUGGCGCUUCUCGUUUUAGACCAUCUAAAUAGGACCCUAAGAGUUCUUGCUUAUGUUCCAAUGCCUGUCUGUCUUUGGUAAUGUUCUCGUAAAUUUUUCUUUAUGUAAAAAAAAAAGCCUGACAAAGAAUAAAAUAAAUAGAAUAAUUUGUAUUAGAGAGGGAUACAGUCCAGUGGUGGAAAGUGGUUUUGCAUUCAAGACCUUCAUAUCCAUAGACGCAAAGAAAUUUCUGAAAGGAAAGAUAAACUUAAACUGAUAAUCUGCAAAAUUAAGUAAAUGGUCUCUGUGAGGUGUUUUAGGCCACCAUUAAAUAGUUUACUAUGAAGUAGGAGAAUUUUCUCAGCCCAUAAAUGAACACCUAAUCCUUCAGUUUAUCAGGAAAAAAAAUAAUUCAAAGGAAAUCACCAAAUUCAGAGAUACAUGGUUUUCACUGGGCAGGAAAGUUAUAAAAAAUUGCAAUCUAAAAAAUAACUGGUAACUCAAGCUGUAGUGGAGUAUAAGUGGAGUAUAAUCUGCCUAUGAGAUUAGUAUAGUAUAGGUAUAAAACUGCAUAAAAUAGAAAUACUCAAGUACAGGUACAGCAUAUAAAUAAGA